AUGUCACCCAUUCCAAGCUCAAUGAAAGCCGCUCGAGUCGGCAAGCAAGGCGGGAUCGAAGAAAUCCAAGUCACAGAUAUCCCCGUUCCGACUGUCAAACCAAACGAGAUACUGAUCAAAGUCGAAUGGGCCGGUGUGAACUUUAUCGACACGUACUUCCGAGGCGGCGUUUAUCCUCGCGAGGUCCCGUUUACGCUCGGCCAAGAAGGUGCCGGCACGAUCGUUGUACUUCCGACUGCGAGCGAAGUGUUAAACUCGGACGAAUACAAGAUCCGUGGAUUCAAGCAAGGCGCCAAGGUCGUUGCGUAUGCUUCUGGAAGCUUUGCAGAGUAUGUUGCGGUCCCGUGGAAAGAUGUUCAACUCGUUCCCGAGGGGUUGAGUCUGUCACAAGCGGCUGCUUCUUUAGCGCAGGGUCUUACAGCUCUUACGUUCGUGAAAGAGGCCUAUCCAGUCAAGAAAGGCGACUGGAUCCUGGUUCAUGCAGCCGCAGGAGGCGCCGGGCUCCUCUUUACCCAGCUUGCAAACCAACUCGGCGCAAACGUGAUAGGAACAACAUCCACCCCGGCCAAAGCCGAAAUCGCCAAAAAAGCAGGAGCCAAACACGUCAUACUCUACACUGAAACACCCGUCUCGUCCGAGGUGUUAAAACUCACAGACGGGCGAGGCGUCGAGGCCAUUUUCGACGGCGUGGGCGCCUCUACAUGGGAAGAUGAUUUCGUUUCGAUCAGGCGCAAGGGAACGAUCGUGAGUUAUGGAAACGCGAGCGGGGUCGUUCCGCCGUUUUCGGUGUUGAAGUUGGGAGCGAAGAAUGUCAAAGUUUGUAGGCCCGUGGUUGGAAAUUACUUGACCGAGCCGGCCGAGUUUCACCAGUACUCGUCCGAGUUGCUCGAGUUGAUCAAGGACGGAAAGCUCAAUAUUGCUAUACAUGCGGAGUAUCCGUUUACAACCGAGGGGAUUCGUCAGACUCAGAUCGAUAUUUCUGGGCGUGGGACGUCUGGGAAGCUCCUUGUAAAAGUUUCAGAGUGA